UUGUCCGUCCAAGUGAGUGGAUUCUCCCGAGAGUUUUGGUCAUGGCUUAAGAAAACGGAAAAAAGAGCGCUUCAAAAACAGGGUUGGCGCCAUAAGACAGAGACUCGUAAAAUAUCACAACGAGUGAAGUGAAACCCCAUUUUCUCGUAAACCGUGUCGAAUGGCGGAGAUCGAACGACCACGAUUGUAGCACCGUAAUAAGAAGGGACAAAGCGAAGAAGAAAUUUAACGGCUAUGGCGGAAGUAAUUUCGCUGAUGGACAUCGACGAGGAUGACCAGCAUCAGAAACAAAAUGGCUCACAGAAGCUAAACAAGGGCAAAAGUGUAGUCACACCCACCGAUAUCAAAGCCACUCCCUGGGUCGAGAAGUACCGUCCUCAGUCCCUCGCCGACGUAGCCGCUCACCGCGAUAUCGUUGAUACCAUUGAUAGGCUUACAAGCGAGAACAGAUUGCCGCAUCUUCUAUUGUAUGGUCCUCCUGGAACAGGCAAAACAUCCACCAUUCUGGCUGUUGCACGGAAGCUUUAUGGAGCACAUUAUCAUAAUAUGAUUCUGGAGUUGAAUGCUUCUGAUGAUAGGGGAAUUGAUGUUGUCAGGCAACAAAUUCAAGAUUUUGCUAGCACCCAAAGCUUUUCAUUUGGGGCGAAGUCAUCCGUAAAAUUGAUUUUACUUGAUGAGGCAGAUGCUAUGACAAAGGAUGCCCAAUUUGCCCUGCGUAGAGUUAUUGAGAAAUACACAAAGAAUACUAGGUUUGCACUGAUCUGUAAUCAUGUGAACAAGAUCAUUCCAGCUCUACAGUCCAGAUGUACUCGGUUCAGAUUUGCACCUCUCGAUCCUAUUCAUGUCACUGAGCGUCUUAGGCAUGUUAUCGAGGCUGAAGGGCUUGAUGUAACUGAUAGUGGCUUGGCAGCACUUGUACGGCUUAGCAAUGGUGACAUGAGAAAGGCUUUAAACAUUUUGCAGUCAACACACAUGGCUUCUCUGAAGAUUACAGAAGAAGCAGUGUAUCUCUGUACUGGAAAUCCAUUGCCUAAAGACAUUGAGCAAAUAUCAUACUGGCUUCUGAAUGAAUCAUUUUCUGAGAGUUUCAAACGAGUUUCUGAAACGAAGACAAGUAAAGGAUUGGCCUUGAUCGAUAUUGUGAGGGAAUUGACUAUGUUUGUUUUUAAGAUUAAAAUGCCCUCAGAUGUUCGAGUUCAGUUAAUUAACGACUUGGCAGCCAUAGAGUAUCGUUUGAGUUUUGGGUGCAAUGAUAAAUUGCAACUGGGAUCACUCAUUGCUACUUUCACGCAAGCUAGAUCUGCUCUAGUUUCUGCAGCAAAGUAGCUGUUCAUGAAGCUUGGCCUCGUUUCUUCUCCCACUGGGGAUCUCGGCAUGUUCUUUUUGUGUGAUUUUGGCCUGACAAAUACCAAGUGUUUUGCGCAUGUAGUCUGUGAGUCGUGAAUACCUAAAGCAUGUUCGUCUCCUUCCAUACGUAGUCAUUAUGGUUCUGCGUAGUUAUUUUUCUUUAGGCAUUUCAGAUGUAGUCCCGUUAGCUUUGUUCCUUGCCAGCUUGUGAUUGAGUAGAAGUAAACCGAGUCGAACAACAUUUUCAGUUUGGAAAAUCAGGACAAGAGAAGCUAUAAGGGUAAAGACAAGUAAAGCUAGUGAGUCACCCGAGUCAGUCAAAAAGUGAUUCCUAUUUCAUGUAAACUCAUCAUAUCAAUAGCGAUGCAAGUGAGUAUUUUGUU